UUACAGCUUUCAAAAUGUUCGCCCCUUGUCUGUCGGUCUCGCACAAAAUUUGCCCCUGAAAGCAAACGGCCAAUGCCAUAGACACACCACAGAAAUUAACUCUGGUAGGAAGAUAUUAAACGGUGCACCAGCUCAGCAAGUGUGCUUGGGAACUUCCUCGAAGUAGAGGCGAAUGGAAUUUCGUAAUGGCUUUUUCAGGACCAAAUAAAGACAAUAUCCGAGCAGGAUGCAAGAAAUGUGGUUAUCCUGGCCAUCUGACCUUUGAAUGUCGAAAUUUUGUCCGCGUGGAUCCGAAAAAAGAUAUUGUUUUAGAUGUCAGUAGUACCAGCAGUGAGGACACGGAGGACGAAGAAGAGCUUCGGCAGCUGCAGGAUAUUAUUAAUAAAAAAGAAACAAAAGAAACUGGUGUAAAGAAUGAACACCACAAGAAGAAAAGGAAGGAUAAGACAGACGAACACAGAAAAAGAUCAUAUUCAUCUAGUGAAGACUCAACUGGGAAAAAGAGCAAGAAGCAAAAGGUCCUUAAAAAGAAAAAGAAAAAUAAGAAGAAAAGCAAGCACAAAAGUCACAAACACCACCAAAAAGCUAAGAAAAAGGAAAAGGACUCUCCAUCCUCGUCAGACAGUUCGAGUUGUUCUUCAGAUAGUGACUAAUUAUAUAGUGUUAAAAUCCUUUGGUUGUUCCGAAGACUGUUUUGUUUCUUUGCAAACUUUUUCGUGUGCAGGACAUGGUUCACCAUAUUCAUGAAUAUUUAUUUGAGUCAGAGAAAACAGAAUAUUUAGCCAUUAUGAGCAAUGUACCUUAUAAAACAUUGACAUUUUUGUUGAAAAUGUGUUUAUUGCACAGAUGACAUUACACACGGUAGCUCAAUGGUUAGCACUGCUGCCUCACAGCGCAGGGACCCAGUUUUGAUUCCCGCCGAGGGCUACUGUCUGUGUGGAGUUUCCUCUGGGUGCUCCGGUUUCCUCCCACAGUCCAAAUUGGCCAUGCUAAAUUGCCCAUAGCCAGGGGUAAAUAUGGGGUAGGGGAAUAGGUCUGGGUGGGUUACUCUUUGGUGUGAACUUGUUGGGCAAAAUGACCUACUUCCAUACUGUCGGGAGCCCAAUUUAAUUAUUGGACAGCUGGGCUAAAAUGGCUAUUUUGAUGAUGCAUUAUCAAGAUUACAGUUGUUUUCUGAUGUAAUAAUUACUAUUUGAUGAAUUAAAUAUAUAAAGCAACAUUCAGUAGCAUUUCAAUAUUGUUACUACUUUUCUCAUAGAAUUGUCUAUAGAUCAGCCAUAUAUGUCACUAUAUCUACAGGUUGUAUUGUGAUUUUCAGAUCAGAGAAAAUGGUGGCAUUGUUGGCACUGUACCAGCAAUCCAGAGGUGCCAACUAAUGCUCUAAGGACAUGGAUUCAAAUUCCACCGUGGCAGCUGAUGCAAUUUAAAUUCAAUUCAUAAAUCUGGACUUGAAAGCUCAUUUUGUAAUGUUGGCAUGAAACUGUUGAUUAUUGUAAAACCAUCUAGUUCACAAAUACCCUGUAUGUGUGGAAAUCUACCAUCUUAAUUGGUCUGGUCUGAGACUCCAUGUGAUUGUGUCUUAACUGCACUCUGCAAUGGCCCAGCUUCCCACUCAGCUGCAAGACAAUUAAGCAUGGGUAACAAAUGCUGGCUUCAUUAGUGAUACUCACAUUCCAGAAAUAAUUUUUAACUAUUCUCUGUAACAAUCUAUGUUCAUUUUUUAAACAUUUCAAUAAAUGUACAUAUUACUUCAUUUGUAAA